GCUGGAGCCCGGGGACCAUGUCGGCUGCUCCGGCUGCCAGCCUGGACUUCUCUGCGGUGGAAAGUUUCCUGGACCGGCACCCGGAGCUGGUGGAGAAGUGGCUGAAGAGGAGGAAGUCGCUCGCCGCAGCGCCCCCCAGCGCCAGCACAGGCAGCGCUGCCGGCGGCCCUGAAGCCCGGCGAAGCAGCGGCAGCCCCAGCCUGGGCCCCGCCAGCAGCUACCCCGGGGAGGCCAGCGCCGCCGGCGGGCUGCAGCGAAGGGCCUCCCAGAAGGAGCUGAGGCAGAGCUUCGCCAGGUCCAAGGCCAUCCACGUCAACCUGACCUACGACGAGCACGUGCACGCCCGAGCCCAGGAGCCCCUCAGCAGCAUGCGGAGAAGGGCCCUGCUCAGGAAAGCCAGCUCCUUGCCCCCGACCACGGCCCACAUCCUCAGCGCCCUGCUUGAGUCCCGGGUCAGCCUGCCCCAGUACCCGCCCACCGCCCUGGACUACAAGCGCUACCUCAAGGAACACAACGAGCGCCAGUUCUUCCUGGAGCUGGUCAAGGACAUCUCCAACGACCUGGACCUCACCAGCCUCAGCUACAAGAUCCUCAUCUUCGUCUGCCUCAUGGUGGAGGCGGACCGGAGCUCGCUCUUCCUGGUGGAGGGAGCCGCGGCGGGCAAGAAGAGCCUGGUGUCCAAGUUCUUCGACGUGCACGCGGGCACCCCACUCCUGCCCUGCUGCAGCACCGAGAACUCCAACGAGGUGCAGGUGCCCUGGGGCAAGGGUAUCAUCGGCCACGUGGCGGAGCACGGGGAGACAGUCAACAUCCCAGACGCUUACCAGGAUCGUCGCUUUAAUGAUGAGAUUGACAAACUGACUGGAUACAAGACAAAGUCAUUGUUGUGCAUGCCCAUAAGAAACAACGAUGGAGAGAUUAUUGGUGUUGCCCAAGCAAUAAAUAAAACUCCUGGAGGUGCUCCUUUUACUGACGACGAUGAAAAAGUGAUGCAGAUGUACCUCCCAUUUUGUGGAAUUGCCAUAUCUAACGCCCAGCUAUUUGCUGCUUCAAGGAAGGAAUAUGACAGAAGCAGAGCUUUGUUGGAGGUAGUUAAUGACCUCUUUGAAGAACAGACAGACUUAGAGAAAAUUGUUAAGAAAAUCAUGCAUCGAGCCCAGACUCUGUUGAAGUGUGAACGAUGCUCAGUGUUACUCCUGGAAGACAUUGAAUCACCAGUGGUGAAGUUUACAAAAUCCUUUGAGUUGCUGUCUCCAAAAUGCAGUGCUGAUGCUGAGAACAGUUUCAAAGACAGUAUGGAGAAAUCAUCAUCUUAUUCUGACUGGCUAAUAAAUAAUAGCAUUGCUGAGUUAGUAGCUUCCACGGGUCUUCCAGUGAACAUCAGUGAUGCAUAUCAGGAUCCUCGCUUUGACGCUGAAGCUGACCAGUUUUCUGGCUUUCACAUAAGGUCUGUUCUUUGUGUUCCUAUAUGGAAUAGCAACCACCAAAUAAUUGGAGUAGCUCAAGUGUUGAACAGGCUUGAUGGGAAACCUUUUGAUGAUGCUGAUCAGCGAUUAUUUGAGGCUUUUGUUAUUUUUUGUGGCCUGGGCAUCAACAACACAAUAAUGUAUGACCAAGUGAAGAAAUCUUGGGCAAAGCAAUCUGUGGCUCUUGACGUGCUGUCCUACCAUGCAACAUGUUCAAAGGCAGAAGUUGACAAAUUUAAGGGAGCGAACAUACCACUGGUGUCAGAGCUUGGCAUUGACGAUAUCCAUUUUGAUGACUUUUCACUCGAUGUAGAUGCCAUGAUUACUGCAGCUCUCCGGAUGUUCAUGGAGCUUGGAAUGGUUCAGAAAUUUAAAAUUGACUAUGAGACAUUGUGUAGGUGGCUUUUGACAGUUAGGAAGAAUUAUCGAAUGGUUCUGUAUCACAACUGGAGGCAUGCUUUCAAUGUGUGCCAGCUAAUGUUUGCAAUGUUAACUACGGCAGGAUUUCAGGAGAUUCUGACUGAAAUUGAAAUUUUAGCUUUGAUUGUGGGAUGUUUAUGUCAUGACCUUGACCACAGGGGAACCAACAAUGCCUUCCAAGCCAAGAGUGGAUCAGCUUUGGCUCAACUUUAUGGAACUUCUGCAACUUUGGAGCACCAUCAUUUUAAUCAUGCUGUCAUGAUUCUUCAAAGCGAGGGUCACAACAUCUUUGCUAACUUGUCCUCCAAGGAGUACAGUGACCUUAUGCAGCUUCUGAAGCAGUCAAUAUUGGCAACAGAUCUCACUCUGUAUUUUGAAAGAAGGACUGAGUUUUUUGAACUUGUUAGUAAAAGCAAUUACAAUUGGAAUGUCAAAAGCCAUCGAGAAAUAUUUCGAUCAAUGCUAAUGACAGCCUGUGACCUCGGAGCUGUGACCAAACCGUGGGAGAUUUCAAGACAGGCAGCUGAAUUGGUAACCAGUGAGUUCUUUGAACAAGGAGACAGAGAGAGGUCUGAACUCAAACUCACUCCUUCAGCUAUUUUUGAUCGGAACAGGAAAGAUGAACUACCCAGGUUGCAGUUGGAAUGGAUUGAUAGCAUCUGCAUGCCUCUGUAUCAGUCUCUCGUGAAGGUGAAUGUGAAACUGAAGCCCAUGUUGGACUCAGUGGCAGUGAACAGGGGUAAAUGGGAGGAGCUGCACCAGAAAACACUUCUCUCCCAAACAGUACCCUCCUCCUCGUCUUCCAGCUUUACUUUGUCUCUUGAAGACAUACAUUAAGCCUGCGAAUGUCAGCUGCUGUUAUGACGACAGAUGCCUGAAAGGCAGAGUUGUAAGCUUAGUCACAUCAUUUUUUAAAAAUGCUUCCACAGACAUGAUUAAUUGAUUGGAUAUAAUUUUGCUGGGCAUGGCUUUUACGUAGGAGUUCAGUUGGUCUGAAAAGAAAGCCUGUAAUAAGAUGAUGCUGAUAUCUGGAGUCACAUGGAAGAUACAGCACAAGAAGCUCCACCAUAUUUCAACUGCUGCUGUAAUAAAAACCAAAACACACACACAGACCAGACUACAGACUGAAAUACAAGAACUUACAGCUUAAUAAAACUAAUAAUACAGAGCA